CGCUGAAUAGAUUAAUUCAGCUACUGAGUGACUAAGUUUAGUAUAUUCAUUUUGUAAAUUUUGAGUUAAAAUAAGAAUAAUUUACGUUUGAAUAAAUAAUAUUUUUUGUUAACGAACAUAAGCAUAAUUAAAAACAUGCACAUAAGAACAUAGUAGUAUAUUUAAAAAGAUAUAUUUGUGUUAUGUAUGUUUGUUUCAUGAUUAUUCCCUAUGAGAAUGCACUUUAUAUGACCAAAGUUGUAUUACUUUCAAACAUUUCAUAACAUCACAACAGAAUAACCAACAGAAGACCGUACAUAAAGCCAGAAAGCAAAAUAUUCAUCAGGAAAAAUAAAAGGAUAAACAUGACAGAAGACACCCAAUUACGUAAAUAAUUAGCGCAAAUAAAAUAAUAAUAAAAAAAAUAAAAUAACAAGAUAAACUGCAUUAUAUGACAGCUACAACAUCAUCCACUACACUACAAACAUGUAUCACCUCACACAAGCGCCUGACUCCAUUUAUUGAGCGGUCUGUAGGCGUCGCCUGUCGGAUUUAUAGCCAGGCGAAUUGUGAACCGCUUGGCAUUUCAUACCGAGCUCCUUUUGUCUCCAAAGCCCGUGUUGUUGUUGUUUUUUUUUAUCACCGUUGUCAACAUGGACAUGUACGGAUACAGCGGGGUCUUCUUGGUGAAACGAUUCUUGGACAAUGGCGUGUUUGAAGUCACAAACAUGUCCGACAUCAACAAGGCGAAUCCUCAAGGCUGCGAUAACGGAGCUCUGACCGACAGGUUCGGCGUCUUGAUCCAGGGACUCCUGGCCAUCGUUGCCUUCAGUACGCUGAUGUUGAAGAGGUUCCGGGAGCCUGUAGGGAUCAGACGACCGUGGAGGAUCUGGUUUUUCGACACAUCCAAGCAGGCCAUCGGUGCUCUUUUCAUCCACUUUGCCAACGUCUUCCUGUCCACGCUAACCAAAGAGGACCCCUGCUCCCUAUAUCUGAUGAACUUCCUGCUGGACGCCACGUUGGGGAUGCUGGUCAUCUGGCUGGCUGUGAAGUUGGUGUCCAAACUGGUGGAGUACAAGCAGUGGACUCUGCUCAUGUUCGGAGAAUACGGUGACCCUCCGCAGGCGGCAGCAUGGCUGGGUCAAUGUGGCAUCUACCUGCUCAUCAUGGUGCUGGAGAAAGGGGUGAUCAGCCUGGUGCUGCUCAUCCCCGGCUGGUCCAAAUUGCAGGAGGUGUUGCUGAGCUACAUUGCGAACCCUCAGCUGGAGCUGGUGCUGGUCAUGCUCAUUGUGCCCUUCAUAGUGAACUCCAUCAUGUUCUGGGUGGUGGACAGCCUGAUGAUGAGGAAGUACAAGACGAUGAAGAGCCUGGACGAUUCCUGUGACGGCUCGGUGAAGAAGGCUGACCCGCUGCUGUGGGCGAACGGCGAGGAGUCACGGGUCCUGCUGACCGUCGAGACAGACACAGACGAGGCUUCUGAGGGGGAAGAAGAGCCCGGUGACGUCGAACCGGCCCCUCACGUGCAGUAUUCUGGAGGACCACUGAGACCCAGCUGGGUAGUAGUAUAAACCCAGGUGACGUGACCUCCUACCCGUCCUUCCACUAUCCACACACACUCUUAAAAGCCAGAAUAUGAGCAAACACACAAAAAAAAACCUUGCAUCCUUAUCUCCUCAGAUUAAAGGUCUAACUAUUAGCUUCCUUGUAUGCGAAGGCACAAUUAAAGGUCAUAUAACCUGUGAAUGUGAACACUACAGCCUUAGCUGCCUUCCUCUGCACUAAAGGUGUGAAUAGUUACAACUUGACUCAGCGUAUGCAUGUAAAUCAAAAUCAAGCAUAUUGGGAAUUAGAGGCUCUUUAUCCUCUCACCUUGCUGCCUCCGUUUGCUGCAAGACAACAUCAGAGUAACCACAACUGAGCGUGUGCGGAGAGAGAUUAUUAGUGAGAGUAGCACCCGUGGGGCAAAAUGUGCGGGUGGUAAUGACAAAGACUGAAAUAAAUCUGUCUUUUCUCCACAUUGGGGACUUUUGGGAAUGAUGUUGUUCUAAAGAGAAUCAUUUAUCACAUAUCAUAUUCCAAAGAGGAGCAAGUGAGUAUAUAUAUGUGCUCUAAGAUUUUACUUGGUCAAAUAUAAUCACUGCAAAUCCAUCUUUUUAAUUUGUAAUUAUAGUCAUUCCUGUACGUUCUCUCCCUCUGGCUGCUUGUUUUAAGUUUGAAAGGUGGUUAAUGGUCUUAUUUCUUAAAACCACACGCUCAGUCAUGACGGACCGAACAUGUUGAAAGCGGUUUCUAUGGAAAAGUUCUUUGCAACAGGCUGCUUUUAAAAAGAAUUAUAUGUGGGCAGGAAAUAGUUUUAUGUCAUGGUUUAAACUAAGGACCAGGUUACACUAUGUUUCUGAAAUCAUUUGCAUAUUUGUUGUGUACGAUGGAGUAUUAGGGCUUCUGUUGGGGGGGAAAACAGAGAUUUUCCGAAUAAUGUUGUGAAUGUUAUGUUGAACAAGGAUCUUUGCUUUAUUCCAAGAGUUAGAUGUGAAGAUGAAAACCACUCUGUACGCUAAAUAUGAAGCUACAGCACACUGAUUAACUUAGCAGAAAGACUGGGAACAGCGAGCUUGCCUCUGUCUGAAAAUAACAUGUUCUGUAUUGUUUGUUUAAUUCGUACAAAAUCGUAUAAAUACGACAUGUUGGGGUUUCACGAGGGGUCGUAUGGGGGACUAUUUCUUGGCCGGGAGCUGUGACUUCCUGAACUUUGUACCUUUUGUGCAUAGGCAGGCAACUAUUUCAUGAUUUCAGAUAUCAGAGUUGAAUUCAAAUGAGCAGAUAUUGUUGAAAAUGUCAAAAUGUUCCUUUAAAAGUGACGUUUUGUGAUAAGAACUGACCUUUUGGUAGAGACACUUUACAAAAUACAACAACCUAGGUUAUAUCUUUAUUCAAAUGAAAAAAAAAUCUUGAAAUUGGAACUUUAUUUUCUUUAAAUAUUACGACUUUAUUCUCAAAAUCUCCUGUUUCUUCCCCCUACGACUGUCCAUCAUAGUAAACUUGAUAAAGUAGCUCUGUAUUGAACUUUUACAAGGUAUGGCACAUCUUUAUUAUUUAUUCUGUUAAUAUUUUAUAUGUAUUUGACUUUAUAUAUUGUGGUCCAAUCUGUGGUAACAACAUUGGAAUAGGAUGUUGGUUUUUUUUUAGUGAAUGAAGUAAGUCGCUGCCAAACUACAGUUGGUAAACAUGCUCUGGGAUCAGUAUGAAUUAAAGUAUGCCAUCUUUAUAUAUUCUGCUGUUUCUCAUCAUUUCCAUUCUCCUGUUAACAUGUACGGUUUAAAAGCAGAGACAGUUUACUCCGUCUGUAAUGUUAUAUUUUGUAUUCCAAUGUAUCGUGUAUGUAUUUUUUUUUAUUUUUAAAUGCCAAAUAAUGAACAUGUGGAUCAAAAUGGCACAGCACAGCCUGAAGUGUCAUUAACAGGCUGUACACUGCCACGGUGCUUCUGACCGAAUGUAUCUCUUUAGUCUGUGCGAAUAAAGAUGAUUGACACAUGAA